AUGGUUGAUUUUGUGGAGGAUAUAAGCAGCGCUCCAGGAAGACAGACCAAGAAGGUAAAUGGGAUUCUGUUCGACCGCGGCAUCGAGGUGCUUCUUUUUGAGACGGUGCAUGAUUGCGGAAUGAGAUGCGAAUUUCCAUGUGCUCUUGAGUUUCUCAACCAUAAGGAUCUCUGGACCAAAAACUCAAAGUAUUGGAUCAAUGUUUUGCCAAUAACCAACUUUCCCAACACACAAGUGUGGCAGAAUAGCUGCCUAGGUCAAUACAGCAAUGAUGAACUCCAUGCUAUGGGUGAUAAAGAAGCAUUUGUCGAGCCGUAA